AUGGGUGGCCCAGCAGGUGUCGUCGCAGCCAGUGGCAGCGAAGUAUACAAGACCCUCCGCAACAAUGUCAAUUCCAAAUGGAUGAAGGAUCCAGGACUCCGCAGACUCAACUUCGGUGUUGCUACCAUGUUCGCAUCUGCCGCAGCCAACGGAUAUGACGGCUCCUUGAUCAACGGACUGCUUGCCAUCCCUUACUUCAACCACAAUCUCGGAGAUCCCAGCUCAAGCCUUCUCGGUUUGACCCUUGCCGGUAUCAGUCUCGGUGGUCUUCCCUCUUUCAUCCCGGCAUCAUAUGUCAGUGACUUCAUGGGACGUCGCUUUACUGUCUUCCUUGGCUCAUUCAUCAUGCUGGCUGCAUCUGUCAUCCAGUGUGCCACCUCCGGCAUCUACGCUUUCCUCGGCACUCGUAUCAUGCUCGGUGUCGGACUGGGUUUCUCUCAAACGGCCGCACCACCUCUCACCACCGAGAUCGCCCAUCCCAGACACAGAGCCAAUGUCACCAAUUUGUUCCAAGCUACCUGGUACUGGGGCGCCAUCUUGUCUGCCAGCAUUGCGCUUGGCACCUUGUUCCUGGACAACAGCUGGAGCUGGCGCAUCCCUUGUCUUCUUCAGGGUCUUUUCCCGGCUAUCCAGUGUCUCGGUCUCCUCAUCGUACCCGAAUCACCUAGAUGGCUGAUCUCAAAGGGUCGUGAUCAAGAAGCUCUUGACAUUCUGGCCAAGUACCAUGCGAACGGCGACAAAGAUGACGAGCUUGUUCAGUACGAGUUUCAAGAGAUCUGCCAGGCAAUCGAACUGGAACGUCAGGCAGCAAAGACAACCGGUUGGUCAAGUUUCUUCGCUACCAAGGGCAACCGCCAUCGCUUCCUCAUCUGUAUCCUUGUCGGCUUUAUGAUCCAAUGGGCUGGCAAUGGCAUUGUAAGCUAUUACCUGGCCCCUAUCCUUAAAAGUGUGGGUAUCACAAGUUCCGUGACUCAAGCGGGUAUCAACCUUGCACUUCAAUUCUGGAACGCCAUCCUUGCUUUCGCCGGCGCACUCGCCGCUGAACGCUUUGGACGCCGACCUCUGUGGCUGCUCUCUGCCAGUGGCAUGCUGGCUUCUUUCAUCGUCGUCACAGCUCUCAGUGCCACUUUUGCCGAACACGGCAUCAAAGCUGCGGGAGGUGCAACAGUCGCUUUCCUCUUCAUCUUCUUCGGCUUCUACGACAUCGCAUUCACGCCUCUUUCCAUUGCUUAUCCAGUUGAGAUUCUGCCAUUCCAUCUCCGCUCCAAGGGUCUGUCUGUCAACCUUACCACGGUCUUCGCCGCCGGCUUCUUCAAUCAAUAUGUCAACCCCAUUGCUCUGGACGCCAUUCAGUGGAAGUUCUACUUUGUCUACAUUGCCACACUUGCAGCUAUGAUCCCGAUCAUCUGGUUCGUGUUCCCAGAGACCAAGGGCAGAACUCUGGAGGAGAUUGCUGUCGUCUUCGACGGAGCAGAUGCGCACAGAGAUUUUCACUCCGCCUCAUUCCCUGACGAGAAGACUACCGAAGAUAAGGAGUUCACUGCCAACAUUGAGUACGUUAAGUGA